GAUAAUAAUUCUUUGCCACUAUCGCAAAUUAGAUUAUGAGCUCUAAUUUUAUGACUUCUUAUAUUAGACCAUUGAAAGUAAAGAAGAUUAAUACAGGAGCCAAGUAGUAGUAUCAGUCGGAUAAGUAGGCAUAUCGAUUAUGAAUGGGCGUCCAGGUCCAUUCAGGUUGAACGUGACCCAGCGGCUAGUCGUCUCGACGAUAUUGCUCGUCUUACUCGGGAGAAGAAGAAGGAGAAGCCCCAGCCUCGGUUUCCUUCACCGAGUUGUCAAGAAUUAUCUUAGUUGGUUGUUGUUAGAACUUGGGAGGAUGGGACACAAAUCGAAUGCAGAUGUUACGAGUUGUCGAAAGGGUUUUAACAACGGCGAAAGAUGAGAGUAGGUGCGGUCAGUGUCUUCGGGUACACGAGACCGAGAUAGUCGUUUUGUCUCGUUGCUUCUGUAACUACAUUUACGCGUAUGUAUAUACACGAGGUCCAAAAGAAAGAAGGAGAUGUGAGAUUAACAUCAGCGCGUUGCAACACGCUACCUAGCAAGCAAGCAAGAAAGCAAGCAGUCACCGUCUCGGAGUGGCUCACGCCACCAAUCCACCAAAACUAUUUCCAGACGCAUUUCAUUAAUCUUGAACCAAAAACGUCCAGCGGAAAAUGGCGAGUCGUGUCGUGCCAUGCUAUGCCAUGCCAUGCUAUGCUAAGCUAGCUGACUGGCUGGCUGGUUGGCUGGCUGGCUGGCUGGUGUGAGAACUCUGGUUUAAAAUGCGUUCAGGCCACCUGGCAGAAAUAGCAGCCGUGACGACGUCGUCGUUUUCCCUUCGCGACAACGCGACACGCGCUUUACCGAGUAACGUAAAAAAAGAUUAAUCUAAAAGCAAGAGAAAGAGAGGGAAUGUGUUUAUUGUACAUAGGGUGCUAACCCCGCACGUACUAAAGUUAAAUUAAGAGAUUCUUAUUUAGGUACGAAGGUGAAAGUAUCAUAUUUAUUGCAGUUAUUAUAACGAGGUUAAAUGUAAUUAACGAUACCUUAUUAUUAUUUCAAUAUAAAAUUAGCGAAGCUAGGAUUCACCAUACAUUUUUGAUUUACUCAAUUUGUUCUUCUUUUAUUUCCAAGAUUUAAUCUAUUUCCUAGCGGAUAUUGUCAUUAAUUAUUUACGCUAGACUGCAGGUGUUCUAUUAGCGAAAUGUUGGAUUAGUUUUAUGUUUGAAUUUAAGAUAUGUUUCUUCCUCUUUACGAAGCGGAACGAUAGAAAAAAUAAUAUAUACUUGCUGGAUAAUUGUCUUUUCUUACACAUUAUAAAGAUAAUGAUGAUUAUGAUUAUGUUAAUGAUGAUGAUGAUGAUGAUGAUGAUGAUGAUGCUUGAUGAUGAUGACGACGAAGAUGAGAUUAACAUCUUCUAAUAAUAGAUGAUCUAUGUCCUCGCACGAAUUUAAUUCACGAGACCGGAAACCGAUUCCGAAAUACUUAUUCCAAAUGAGAGUGCGGAAGUAUUAAAGGGAACGUUUCUCAACGUGUAACGUGCAAAAUAUAACGACGAAAACUACGACACCCACGGGAUACACACGUCAAUAGAUACGAUUCAAAGAUCUCCGGAAUAAAAACUAGAAAAAUUCAAAGUAUAAGCGUGACUAUUGAUGGAGUAACGUGAAAAAUGUGGAAACAAUAUUGAAAACGAUAAUAUACAUGUCAAUCGAUUACGAUGAACAACUACGACAAAAAGAACGACAACAAAUGUUCACGGAUUCUUCCAAGGAAGAAAUAGCGUUGCGUAUAGAAGAGAAUGAGUCGGAGAUAUCUGAAUUAGAAUCGAUAAAAGUUGAACGACGAUCAUCUGAAGAAAUUUGGAUUAAAGAUAUCAUUGAAAAUUGUAUUUUGAUUUUACCAAUUGAACGAAGAAAAGAACAAAAUGAUGAUUGUUACUCCUUGUCAGAAGACAUCUGUAGAAUUUGCCACAUGGGUGGUACUUUGCUGUCCUCCAAUAAGAAUCAAUCAAGAAGUCAACCCGAGGAGAAGCAAAUUCGGAUAUCCGCGUUCUCCUCCUAUUCCUAUUUGGGUCCUCUUAUCUCUGCAUGCAAAUGUCGAGGAACCGUAGGCCUGGUUCAUGCGGAUUGUCUCGAGAGAUGGUUAACGGAAUCUGGUCAUACGAGAUGCGAGUUGUGCGGGUACAAAUAUACAACCAAGAGAAUACCACGUCACAGUAUUUUACGUAGCCUGUUAAUAUGGUUCAAGACGGUAGUAGUUACGCGUCAGAUGUUCUUGGACGUUCUUUAUCUGGUCGUGACGACUCCAUUGGCUCUGUUCGCUUGCUACGUUUGCGUUAUAGCGUUGAAAUUAUUAAUAGAGAGUGGCUUUUAUCAGGUGCCAUGGGUAAUCGUCGUCAUGUUACCGACCUGUUCUCUCACGCUCGUUGCUUAUUGGGCUUGGUUAAUGACUUUAGGAAGAUUACACAUUCGCCGUUGGCGUCGCUAUUGGAGAAAUAACUUCGUCGUACGUCUUCUACCGGAGGACAUCAAUAACCUUGCAAACGAACAAAGCAUCGAGUCUACCACGAUUGAUGAUUUUUAUCAAGAAGUUGAGAAUGAACGAAUGAACGAUAGACGAUUAAUUGGAACUUCUCUUUAACGAGAGAGUAACUUGAUCUACGAUGAUGAUGAUGAUGAUGAUGAUAAUGAUAAUGAUGAUGAUGAUGAUCGAACAAGACAAUUCGAUCCUUGUGUACCAUCAAAUGAGAAGCAAGAAAAUUCGUAACUUCUGAUGGUUUUCUAAGAAGACAGGUAGCUCUGUAAGGAAUCCAUUUGCUACAAAUGAACAUUCUUUAUUUGUUUUCAAGCAACUCGAUAGAUGUUUCUCCAUGUCCUCGCGUUCACAAUCUUUUUAUUUGUUCAUUUUUUUUCUUUUUUUUUUAUUGAAAUCCUUCGAAGAACGGGUUCUCUAGAUUUGAUUUUUAUUUAUCCUACCUUUUUUCUCCUUCGUCUUAUUCUUAAAAAGAUUCUCUCUCAUUCUAAUCCUCAUCUUUGAUCUUGAAUAUCUAGCCAAGAAGUUGUUUCUUUAUCAAUGGCACUUAGUUGUGCGAUAUAAUAGUGUCGUAACUUUGAUAUGAUCGAUCGAUCGAUUGGACUAACAAGAAGAGGGUUGAACGUUCUGCUAAGCAUACAUGAAUUUCUUUUCUUUGUGCAAGUUAAAAGAAAAAAAAAAAAACAAAAACAAAAAAAUACGACUGACAAAUAAAAUUAUGCGCGAUUUUUUGAUGCAUCGUUGACCAUCAACUGGUCGUCGUUCCAGUUGAAAAGGGGGAUGGGAUAAAAUAAAUGCAAUUCGCGAGAUCCAUUCGUGUUUUUAUUUAUUAUUUCAAAAAAAUUACUCUCUACUAAUAAUCUAUGGAAUAUUUUCAUCGAGUUUUAUAAUUAAUUAUCCGUGAGCCAACACCUUGCUUCUUGAGGAAAAAAAAAAGCUCACUUUUUCCAUCUCACUUCAUCUUCUACCCUUCCACUUAUGGGGAUUGCCAAUGUGGCCUUCUAAGUACAUACAUAUAUGCAUGAACCAUGUUUUCUCUCUCUUUACCCCUUCCUCAAAUGGCUACAAUUUUUUUUCCUCAACGUUCCCAUUAUCGUCAUGGCCUUGAAAAAUCACUUGCUAUGCAAUUAAAAAAAAUUUCACUGCAAUUAUACAGGGUGUUCCAGAUAGUUUCUACGAAAUUUCACAGGUGUAUUAUUGCGAUUAAAAUAAUAAGACAAAUGUGGAUUGAAACACGAAUUAUUAAAAAUGUUUUCAAGUUACUAGUUGGUCAUCAA